AUGGCAACGCACCCCCAGUCGCCGGUCGACGUUGUCAUCGACCACCUGCAGUCACCGCCCAUGACGCCCACUUCUCGCACACGCACUUUCUGCCCGCCGCAAACACACCAGACCUCACCCGUAUACAAGCGCAUGGGUAGGUUCGUACAGACACCGCCAUUGGAGUUCAUCGAACCAACUGGAUACAACCACCACUUUAACUUCACCCGCCCACAAUCAUGCGAGCCAAUUUCGCAUCCAUCGUCAGAUUCGGAGCGAGCGUACGCAGCCACAACUCGUCAGGGGACUGAGUCCGUGACCGAAUCCGAGUGUGAUUCCGAUGAUGAAAACGAGUCCGGCGAAGAAAGCGAACAAGAAGAUAAGAGGCCUGUACGCCGGGUAGAAAGAGCUCAGUUCAUACUCGAAGAACUGGACAGCGACCCAGGCUACGAUUGCGAUGUAGAGAUCCUACGGCCAGACCAUUGCGAGGAUGCAAAAAGUGACAAGAGUGGCGCAAAGGCAGAAGUGCUAGCCAGAAUGAACGAGUUGCAACUAGAAGAAGACUCUUCCGAGGACGAGGAAAGAGCGCGUAUAUACCUACGAAAGAAGAAGCGAUGGAGUGCAGGAAUCUUCAAGCGCAGCCAUAGCCAAAGUGUUGAAGGUGACAGCAGCUACUCCGACAACGAUCCUUUGGACGAUAUUGACCAAAAUGCUCGACGACUUCGACGCCGCGUGCGUGGCCCGAGAAGAGAGUCACUCAUCUUUGAGGAUCGAGGCUUCUCCAACACCAACAACAUUGCGGAAGUGGAGGAGCCUGACGAAGGAAUUGUGUUGCACUCGAAAGGCCCGCCGUCCAUCCCUAGCGAUGAUGCCUUCACUCUCGACGAGCUGCCGUUCUGGAGAGGACAUGAUGACAUGGACAUUGAGUACGAGUCGGAAUAG